ACAGAGUCUGACAGUCAGACAGAUGUUCACACGAAGGCCUGUCGCGUAUGGCGUGACGUUCGCAACGCUAUUACGCCUCCCCUCGAGUCUAGUCGAGUCACUGCUUCGCGUUAUAAUGCGUACGCAUUGACCGACGCACAUAUAAUGCCAGUUCUCAAUCACUUUUAUGUCUCACCCAUUAUUGUGGGCACAAAAGCGGGGCUCAAAAGUAACGCGUUUUACGAAUGGACCGACAUUUCCAACGUUAGGGAGAGUCAAAGGAAACGAAAAACCGAUGAUUUGAAUGACGGCUCGAAUGAGAAGAGGAGUCGAGUGGAGGGCAGAGCCAAAGGCCAGUCGCCGGCCGUAUCGUCGCUA